AUGAGCCCUGUGCCGUGGGGGCUUCUGUUCGGUUGCCUGGCCUGCAGAAUCCUGCCUGGAGCCUGGGCCCAGUUUCCCCGGGCCUGCAUGACCUUGGACAACCUGGUGAACAAGGAGUGCUGCCCAGCACUGGGCGCCGAGCCUGCCAACAUCUGUGGCUUGCAGGAGGGCCGCGGGCAGUGUGCAGAGGUGCAAGCUGACACCAGGCCCUGGAGUGGCCCCUAUGUCCUUCGAAACCAGGAUGAUCGUGAGCAGUGGCCAAGGAAGUUCUUCAACCGGACCUGCAAGUGCACAGGAAACUUUGCUGGCUAUAACUGUGGAGACUGCAAGUUCGGCUGGACCGGCCCCAACUGCAAUCAGAAGAAGCCACCAGUUGUUCGGCAGAACAUCCACUCCUUGACCCCUCAGGAGAGGGAGCAGUUCCUGGGAGCCUUAGACCUUGCCAAGAGGAGGACCCACCCUGACUAUGUGAUCACCACCCAGCACUGGCUGGGCCUCCUUGGACCCAAUGGAACUGAGCCGCAGAUCGCCAAUUGCAGCAUUUAUGAUUUUUUCGUAUGGCUCCAUUAUUAUUCUGUUAGAGAUACAUUAUUAGGACCAGGGCACCCGUAUAAGGCCAUAGAUUUCUCACACCAAGGGCCCGCCUUCGUUACCUGGCACCGGUACCAUUUGUUGUGGCUGGAAAGAGAUUUGCAGCGACUCACUGGUAAUGCAUCCUUUGCUUUGCCCUACUGGAAUUUUGCCACCGGCAAGAGUGAGUGUGACGUGUGCACAGACCAGCUGCUAGGGGCAGCAAGACAAGAUGAUCCGACUCUGAUCAGUGAGAACUCAAGAUUCUCCAACUGGGAAAUUGUCUGUGACAGCCUGGAUGACUACAACCGCCAGGUUACCCUGUGUAAUGGAACCUAUGAAGGUUUGCUGAGAAGAAACCAGGUGGGAAGAAAUAGUGAGAAACUGCCCACCUUAAAAAAUGUACAAGAUUGUCUGUCUCUCCCCAAGUUUGACAACCCUCCUUUCUUCCAGAACUCCACCUUCAGCUUCAGGAAUGCCCUGGAAGGAUUUGAUAAAGCAGAUGGGACGCUGGACUCUCAAGUGGCAAGCCUUCACAAUUUGGUCCACUCCUUCCUGAAUGGGACAAGUGCUCUGCCACAUUCAGCUGCCAAUGAUCCUGUUUUUGUGGUCCUCCACUCCUUUACUGAUGCCAUCUUUGAUGAGUGGAUGAGAAGAUACAACCCUUCUGUGGAUGCCUGGCCUUGGGAGAUGGCACCCAUUGGCCACAAUCGGAUGUAUAACUUGGUUCCUUUCUUCCCUCCCGUCACUAACGAGGAACUCUUUUUAACUGCAGAACAACUUGGCUACAGUUACGCCAUUGAUCUGCCAGUGGCAGAAACUCCAGGUUGGAGCACAACCCUCUUUGUGGUGACAGGGAUGCUGCUGGCUGUGGCGGGUCUUUUUGUGCUGUUGGUGUACCUUCAAUACCGAAGGCUUCGGAAAGGAUACACACCUCUGAUGGAGACUCAUCUAAGUAACAGGAGAUACACAGAAGGAUCUUAA